AGCCUGCAGCUAAGAGAUUCAGAAGCUCCUCCCACAGGAAGUAGAUUGUAUUAACCAGCUUCAGGUUUCAGAAGGGAAGAAAAUAGAGAAGCUGUGACAAAGACAGACACAAACGCUGGAGUUUAAGAAGUAACCAUUUGAGUUCCAACGUCUGUGCCAUGAGGUUGUCCUUCCUCCUCCUCCUGCUCCUCUUCCUCGUCGGAGUGAACGAUGUUGAAGGGGCGUCAGAGUUUAGAGUGUGUGCCUUCAACCUCCAUCACUUUGGUGAAUCCAAGACUAGAAAAGAUGCUGUGAUGCUCACGCUGUCAAAGAUCAUCACUCGCUGUGACGUCUCCUUGCUUCAAGAAGUGAGAGACAGCAAAGAGGUAGCUUUGCCGCUGCUCAUGUCCCAAAUCAACAGAUUUGACACCCGUCAUCAGUACCAGGCUUUAGUCAGUGAGAGACUGGGCAGAUCUGAAACAUACAAGGAGCAGUAUGUCUUCGUUUACAGAACGGACACAGUGACAGUCACUGGGAAGUACCAGUAUCCAGACACCCGACCAGGAAACGUUGACGUCUUCUCCAGAGAACCUUUUGUUGUCCGCUUCAAAGCCUUAACAACAACUGUAAAGGAGUUUGUCCUGAUACCCCAGCACACAACUCCAGCCAACACCACUAAAGAGCUGGAUGCGCUGUACGACGUAUUGCAACAUGUGAAGAAGAUGUGGAAAACUGAGAAUGUGAUGCUUCUGGGGGACUUCAACGCUGACUGUGGCUACCUGGCUAAGAAGAACAGGAAGAAUGUUCGCCUGAUCACAGACCAGAGGCUCUAUUGGCUCAUCGAAGAUAAAACAGACACCACAGUGCGAUCAUCCACCUCCUGCACUUACGACAGGAUCGUUGUGAACGGGGAAGCAUUUGCUAGAGAGAUUGUGCCGAUGUCGGCCAGACCAUUUAAUUUCCAAAGAGAGUAUAGACUCACAGAGGAUGAGGCGCUGGACGUCAGCGACCAUUACCCAGUGGAGGUUUUGCUGAAGGUUGUUAGAUCAAAGUUCUUCAAUAAUGGUGCCAGAGGUUCCACACAGGAAUCUCAGUUGCAACUUUUUUCUUUGUUUGUUUGCAUGUGUUUUGUUUUGCAGGUUUUCAGAUAGCAUUUCACAUUAUAUAUGCACUAUCUCUACAAUAUACUGAGAACAGAUGACCUCAUGGACUCAUGGAAACAGGAUUCACCACUGCACACGUGCCAAACACCAAUCACUGUGAAAUCACUGUCGACAGAAAAGGCACAUUAAAUAUUAAGCUUUAAGUGAACAAAAGUGCAGGAUUGAGAAGCAGCUUUCAUUUAAAAGAAAA